AAUUAUACGCGGCAAACAGAAUUACGUACGAUAAUUCUGACAUAACACUGCAACGAAUGAAAUCAAGCUUUAUUUCGUCGAGAAAGUUCCGUGAUAACGCGAACGUAGUCUUUGUGCAAUUAGGGUGCAAUCGCACAGUCAGGAACUCUGUUGGAUGGAUACGAUGGACAGGACGUAUGGGACGAUGCAUUAUUCGCAUCAGAGCACCUCCUAGAGAUCCUCAGGUGAUCGAGUUAAAAGUUAGGAGGCUGCAAGUUGGCUUCCUGAAAGAAACCAGAUGCGAGGGUGCUUAUAUUCAAUUUUCUGAUGGCGGCGACGAUCUCGAGGAUGAAGCAGGACGUUACUGCGGCUAUGUGAGUGGCAACACAACCAGGCUGUUCCUGAGGAAGGGUCCGAACUUAACGAUCAUAAUGGACUCGGACAUGAAGUUCGCCGCCGAAAAUCCGGUGAUCUUCUCCGCCCAGUUUUCCAUACUGCCGGCCCAGCUAGCCGCCGAACGUCAUCGUGGUUUCUCCCCGUCCUCGUCGACCGAGUGCCCGUUGGAGUGCGCCGUGAGGAACGACCGAAGGUCCUGCAAACUCGCCUCGCCGGGUUAUCCGGGCGUGUACCCGCGCGGCAUCCGAUGUCGGAUCGCCCUGGAGUCGAGCGCCGGUCGCUUUAAAAUCGGCGGCCAACCGGACGACCUGUUCGAUCUGAUGAACCGUACGUCGCAGGAUGGCUGCCAGACGGAGAACUGUGAACAGCACGUGGAAAUCGUUGCGGAAGCGGCGAGGACGAGGGUUGCCAGAUCGAUGGACGAGCAACAUGGACAUUCGACGGAAGAGAUGUCGACGGUGAGACGGGUCAGGAGCCCGGAUCACGAGGAGGAGGUAGAAUUUAUUAUCGGGCAAACGUCGCACAAGGCCAGGAGGGGCAGAAAUAAUCGGAGGAGGCUGAAGAAAGCCAAGAAGGAAGCGGACGGAUCAAAGAGAGCGCGCGGCAAUUCUCGUGGAAAAGCGGGCAACGAGGAUAUCCGGAGAAAUAUCGGCCGUCCGAAAGAGAUCAGCGAACAGUCGUCGGCAGACGCGUUCCACGGCACGAGAAGCGGCAGCUCCAGGCAAUCCGGCGGCUAUCGUGAUCAGACGAUCCGGCCGGAAUCUAUCCAGAAGAGACUUCGUCACCCGCAGCGCGUCCAUAAGAAGUCCAUGGACUCUUCGAUAAGCCCGAAGAGGAAUUCCGAUCAUGAUCUGAGAGAUAUAUCGGACGCGAGGAUCCUGCCGGACGCUCUCGGACAUGAGAUUGCGAGGAAAAGCUUGAGCCAGGAGAAAAUCACCGCGUUACAGGUCCCUGACUACAGAUAUGCAAAGAAGGGUCGAGCGCCGGAAAAAUUGGGGAGCACCAGUUGCGUCGGUGAUUAUCUCACGUUGCUGGAGGACGUGGACGGAAAGAUCAUCGAGAUCUCCAAGUUCUGCGGAGAGGGUCACGUACCACGGAUCCUUUCGAGAGGAAAAAAUAUUAUCGUCGAGUUCUUUACGGAGCAGGACGGCACCGUGAUGCACGACGGGUUCCAGUUGUCGUUUCAGGAAACGGAGGAGCCGUCCGGCGUGAAGCACGAUCGAAAUUGCGAGUUCGUUUACAAAAGCACGGAACGUACCAGGGAAAAUAUCAAGUCGUUGCAAAGCUGGUAUCCGCCGAACACUUUGUGCAGUUACAAAUUCAUGGGCAGAUCGUCGGAGAAGAUCUCCGUUCAUAUGAAGAUAAUCAGGAACGAGCCGGACCAGGAAUACACGCCACAGAAACGAAACUUCAGUCUGAACUACUGCUCCGGAAACGAGAUUGCGGUUUACAAUGGGAUCGAGGUGAACAACAGCGUCUUGAUGUGGUCCUACUGCGACGUAUCCCACCAGGACAUUAAUAACAUACAAGUUCCUCUCACCUCCAGCGGAAAUGAAUUAUUAAUACAAUAUUAUAGCGCGAAAGGCUCGUACGACGGUCAAGAAUUCACUUACACGAUAUCCUACAGGUUCAUAAAGAAAUCGCAGAACUCCACCACCAGACGCCAGGUCCAGGACGAUUUCAAGCUAAUCUCUCUCAGGCCGGUGAACUUUUCAGCGUUGAAUUUCAACGAGAGCGAGAACUGCAACUGCGAUUUCGGCGAUAGGAUAGGCAGCUUCAAAAACUGGUUUAUGGUACUAGUUGUCCUAGGAAUAGUCUCGUUUCUCGGCGCUGUUCUCACGAUAAUAGCGCUCCUUGCCAAAUGCAUCAAGAUGCGAUCGAUGGAGAAGAAACUAUUACAAACCCCGAAACUAUGAACUCGAUCAAACUUUGUACGAUUUUCUACCUGUUUGAAUAAAACGAUUUUCUACAAGCGACUAGAUUUAGGUUUGUACAUAUGCUCAUUUGAUCCAAAUUUAGAUGCCUGUUAAAUUUAUUUAUGAUUACUGAUUAAUGAGAGAGUCGAAAGGUUUUAUUCUUCGAAUCAAAGAAUCGCAGAGCGGAUAUUGCGUUCAUUUGUACUUUCAUCAUUGAGAGAAAUUACGCCGAAAAAGUAUGAUCUUAUUUCACGUUCUAUAAAUAUUUAUUAAAUCUAAUUGCGCAACUAAGAAUAAAUUGUAUGUCGUCAAAACAAACGAGUAUCUUAUUCAAGAUCAAAAAAUGUAUCAUGCGAAAGCUCAAGGUCUCACCGAGAUUUGAACUCGGAUCGCUGGAUUCAGAGUCCAGAGUGCUAGCCGUUACACCAUGAGACCUUGAGAAUUUUUUCACAGAAAUCAGGAUAGUGUGCGUGUAUAAACAAACGCAAACACUUUCGUGCACUUUCACAAAAUUUCAAGUGAAUUAAACAUCAAAGAAAAUAAAUGACGUAAUUACUAUGUUCGAUGCAAUGAUCCAUCAGGUUGCGAAUAUGUAAAUACGAGAGAUCACCCAUUAGUACAUAUCUAGUUAAAAAAAUCAAAUCACUGAUGUGAAAAAGAGAGAAAGAGAGCGAGAGUGCGAUGGAAAAAAGUAUAUAUGCGAUAAAAAUUAACGUAACGUACUACUUAUUAGAAAAUAUAAGGAAAUAUCAUUGCUUGAGGAGACAGCUUUAAGAAAUUUUUUUUUUUUU